GCACGACACACGGUUAGACAGCAUGGCGACUGCCCCAAUUGAUGGACUUCCAGACAAUGCUCUCUUCCAGCGACUAUUAUUCGUAGCGAACCACCGUCGUGCCGCACUCAUCCAUGAUAUAAUUAAUGGAGUCCACGCUUCGUACUACCAACUACUGCAAGAUGUGGUCAAUUACCGACAAAGGUUACGCGAGGUACUGCCCCAAUCUCUUUUGACCGACACGGGCAUACUUCGCGAGGACGAUGUUUACAUCUGUACGACAACCCGAGCAAGUUACGAGAUGAUUGUGGCCUUUUUUGCCAUCUUGUCGAUAGGUGCAGCAAUCGUGCCUUUAUCUCCGACUCUCAUGCCAGAAGAGGCGGUAGACCUUUACCAGAGGUACAGUGCAAAGUGUAUCCUCACUCAUCUCGACGCAGCCCAGCUUGCUGGAGAUAUUGAACAAUAUGCUCAGAGCAGAGGCAUUCCAAAACCAAUCGUCUUGUCAGUGUGUCUAUCCACGCCGAGCGAUGUUUCAGGGGGACGACAGCCUUUCAUUGACCCCAACAUUACUCUCCCCAUAGAUCGGCCGGUAAUAGUCCUCUCUUCCUCAGGAACUACCGGUCCGCCAAAGGGGAUCAUUCAUGCUUUGAGAUAUUUUACUGCGCAAGUAGGGCCACUUGGGUCAGAAGACACCUUAGUUCUGGCGCACCGCCCCAUGCACUACGGAGCCAGUCUAAGCAGCGCAAUCACAUCCAUCCUGAGAGGGAUUCGGUUAGAGAUUGUAUGUCCUGGAUCAGGUGCACAUGUGAUCUGGGAGCGGUUGCGACAGGGGGGAGUGACAAAUCUGGCCGGUUCAGUGGGCUUUUGGGUCUCGUUAAUGGAACACUUUCAACAGCACUUGGCUAAUCUCCCCGCACAGGAGCUCCAGCCAUAUUUAGAUGGUGCGAGAGGGCUUCGUGUGGCCAAUUGUAGCGGGGCCAUGGCAAUGCCGAGCAUCAAAACCUUCUGGAAGGAAAUUCGGAGGCGUCCUCUUCAGGUGGUAUGGGGAAGCAGUGAAUCUUCUAUUGGCCUGAAAACCUCUUCGGAGGUUGACACUACAUACUUGAAUGCAAUUGGACGCCCCGUUCCGGGCGUUACAGUCAAGCUCUCCGAAGGGGACCAUGGCGAGAUGAGAGUUAAGACUCCUACUAUGUUCCUUCGGUAUUGGGGCAACGAAUCGGCAACUCAGGCUGCCUUUGAUGAAGAAGGAUUCUACAAAACCGGUGAUCUCGUCUACCUUCAUGGGAAAGACUAUAUCAUCCAAGGCCGUGCCUCUACAGAUAUCAUCAACUGCAAUAGCGCCAAGAUCUAUAUCCUCACCGUGGAGACGGCGCUUUCGACGCUCCCUUAUAUUUCCGAAGCCUACGUGCUACCUGUAGCAGACCCAAAGACUGGCAGCAGGGUUGCUGCCUUGGUGCGCUGUCGCACUGGUCAAAAGCCGAAACUUACUCUCCAAUCUUUAAGGAAUGACCUCUCCUCCCCCUUGCCUGUAUUCCAGCUGCCCACGGUGCUUCGUAUCCUUGGUGAGGGAGAAGAAGUUCCGAGGACAGUCUCCGGGAAGGUGAUCAGAGGCGCAGCCAAGGAACUAUUUUUCCCACAGAAGGCGGACCCUUCCUUGGACGACCUUCCAAGUCAAGUGCAAGUCUGUGACUUCAGGCUAGACACAGAUCUACGGCCGCGGAGAAUGUGGGACAAGGGUGGCGUCCAAUAA